AUGUACAAUUCGAAUAAAAGAUUCCUUAGUACAAGAGUUUAUGUGCUAAUAAUUUUGAUUAUCAUUGUCUCUGCAUUAUUAUUACGUAACAGAUAUAUGAAAGGACCAACAGAAAAAAUUGGCGAAGAUAUUGAUGAGGUUGUUGAUAAAACACAGGAAAAGCCCGAUGAAGAAGUGGAUAGUAAAACAGAUAAACUAAAACAGGUUGAAGACAAAGUUCAAGACGAAAUACAAGAAGUGGAAAAGAAAUUAUGA